ACCUCACAUUGUUAUUGCAUUACCUUUCCAAUGACAUUGUCAAACUUACUUCCUGCAGACCCACAAGCUGCCAGCCAGUCCUCGGAGAAACCUGAAUUACGGAUUGUUCUAGUUGGGAAAACUGGAGUUGGGAAAAGUGCAACAGGAAACACAAUCCUUGACGAGAGAGCGUUUGAGUCUAAAAUCGCACCACAAUCAGUGACAGUGAAUUGUGUGAAGAAGAAAAGGAACCGGAAGGGCAUGGACCUUGCUGUCAUUGAUACUCCUGGUCUGUUUGACACAAAAGUGUCUUUACUGGAAACUAUGCAAGAAAUCGGGCGCUGUGUUGUUGUCUCCUCCCCAGGCCCCCAUGCUAUCGUCCUGGUGAUGCAGCUGGGUCGUUUCACUGAAGAAGAGAAAAAAACAGUUGAACGAAUUCAAGACAUUUUCGGGAAAGAAACUGCGCAGUACAUGAUCUUCUUGUUCACCAGAAAAGAGGACUUAGAGGGUGGAGAUUUACAUGAUUAUCUAAAAGAUUUUAAUGACAAAGAUCUUGAGAAGCUGAUGAAAAGGUGCGGGAAUCGAUGCUGCGCUUUCAACAACCGAGCGACAGGCCAGGAGCAGGAAGCCCAGGUUUCAGAGCUGAUUGCAAUGAUUGAUGAGAUGGUGAAGCAGAAUGGAGGCUCCCAUUAUACUAAUGCCAUGUAUGAAUUUGCACAGAAGAAUCUUCAGGAAAAUAUCGAGACGCUCAGAGAACUCUAUGAGGAAGAGAUGGGGAAAAAACAAAACAAAAUUAAAUCUGAUCAUGAUGACGAGUGUAAAAAACUAGAGAAAUUAGGGCCACAUGAUGAAAACGCUUUGAAAGAGAAGAAGGAGGCCCUGCAACAAAAACUGGACAAAGAUUUAGAGGAAAUAAACAACUGCUACCAGAAACAGCUGUGUGAACUCAGGGAAAAAGCUGAGAAGGAUGUCAGUAUAAUAGAAGCUAUUCUAAAAAAAUUUGCUUCUGUAUUUGCAAACAUCAAACUCUGGGGUCAUUAACAAUUGACUUGCUGUAAUUUCUUCUGCUCUUGCUUCUUUCCCAGUUUUUGAGUAGUCAUGAAAGCCGUUUCUGUGCUUCGUAACAGUUUAACCUCCUAAUGUUUUCUUCAC